AUGUCUAAAGCACACCGGGAAGCCGGUGAAUACGCAUCUGUUCCAGCCUUCCUCGACAGAGCAGCGACGUCUAAGGCAGGACAGGCUGUCAGCGUGGCAAUCUCUGUUCCAGACUUCCUCGACAGAGCAACGACGUCUGGAGCACCACGAAAAGACGCCUUCCUCGACAGAGUGGCGAUGUCUGAAGCAGCACGGACCACUGGUGUGCCCGCAUCUAUUCCAGCUUUUCUUGACAGAGCAGCGACGUCUGGAGCAGCAACGGCCGCCAGUGUGGCCACCUCCGUUCCAGCCUUCCUACACAGAGCACUGACGUCUGGAGCAUCACGGGCGGUCAGUGUAGCCUCUUCUGAUCCAGCGUUCCUUGACAGAGCAGCGACGUCUGAAGCAGCACGGGCCGCCAGUGUCCCCGCCUCAGUUCCUGCCUUCCUCGACAGACCACCGACGUCUGCAGCAGAACAGGCCGCCAGUGUGGCCGCAUCUUUUCCAGCCUUCCUCGACAGAGCGGCGACGUCUGAAGCAGCACGGACCGCCGCUUUCGUUGACAGAGCACUGACGUCUGGAGCAAUUUGGGCGGCCAGUGUCUCCGCCUCAGUUCCAGCCUUCCUCAACAGAGCACCGACGUCUGGAGCAGAACGGGCCGCCGUUGUGGCCGCAUCUCUUUCAGCAUUCCUCGACAGAGCAGCGACGUUUGGAGCAGCACAGGCCGCUAGUGUGGCCGCAUCUGUUAGAGCCUUCCUCGUCAGAGCACCGACGUCUGGAUCAGCAAUGUCGACAGUGUGGCCGCCUCUGAUCCAGCCUCUCUCGAUAGAGCAGCGUUUUAUCGAGCUGCACCGGCCGCUAGUGUGGCUGCCUCUUUUCCAGCCAUCCUCGACAGAGCAGCGACGUCUGGAGCAAGCAGCGGCGUCUACAGCAGCACGUGCCGCAUUUGUGUCCGCCUAUGUUCCAGCCUUCCUCGACAGAGCAGCGACGUCUGUAGCAGCAAGGGCUGCCGGUGUGGCCGCCUCUGUUCCAGCUUUACUGGACAGAGCAGCGACGUCUGUAGCACCACGGGCCGCCAGUGUGGCCGCCUAUGUCCUAGCCUUCCUCGACAGAGCAGCGACGUCUGGAGCGGCACCGGCCCCUAGUGUGGCAACAUCUGUAUCAGCCUUCCUCUUCAAAGCUGCGACGUUUGAAGCAGCACAGGCAGAUAGUGUGGUCGCCUCUGCUCCUGCCUUCAUCGACAGAGCAGCGAAGUCUGGAGCAGCACGGACCGCCAGUGUGGCCGCCUCCGUUCCAGCCUUCCUCGACAGAGCAGCAAUGACUGGACCAGCACGGACCGCCAGUGUGGCCGCCUCUGUUCCAGCUUUCGUUGACAGAGCAGUGACGUAUGGAGCAGCAGGCACCGCCAAUUUCUCCGCCUCAGUUCCAGCCUUCCUCUACAGAUCACAGACGUCUGGAGCAGCACGGGCCGCCACUAUCUCCGCCUCAGUUCCAGCCUUCCUCGACAGAGCACCGACGUCUGGAGCAGAACGGCACGCUAGUGUGGCUGCCUCUGUUCCAGCCAUCCUCGACAGAGCGGCGACGUCUGAAGCAGCACGGACUCCCGCCUUCAUCGACAUAGCUGCGACAUCGGGAGCAGCACAGGCCGCUAGUGUGGCUGCAUCUGUUCCAGCCAUCCUCGACAGAGCGGCGACGUCUGAAGCAGCACGGACCGCCCGUGUGGCUACAUCUCUUCCAACCUUCCUUGACAGAGCAGCGACGUCUGAACCAGCUAGGGCCGACAGUGUGGCCGCCAAUGUUCCUGCCUUCUUUGACAGAGCAGCGACGUCUGGAGCAGCGCGGGCCGCCAGUGUGGCCCCUCUGUUCCAGCCUUCCUUGAGAGAGCAGCGACGUCUGGAGCAGCACGGGCCGCCAUUGUGGCCGUCUCUGCUCCUCGACAGAGCAGCGACGUCUGGAGUAGCACGGGCCGCCAGUGUGGCUGUCUCUGCUCCUCGACAGUGCAGCGACGUCAGGGGCAGCAUGGGCCGCCAGAGUGGCCGCCUCUUUUCUACAUCUACAUCUACAUCUACAUUUAUAACCUGCAAUCCACCAAACGGCAUUCCAUCACGCACGUUCCAUUAUAGUGUUGUUGAAGGAAAAGGUUACAAUGUAGCCAAGGUGAAAAAAAUAAAAAUUCAGUGA